UCUGCACUUAUACCAGUCAAGAAUGAACCGCUUCUAUUUUUCCAGUCAACGCUCUCUGGUCGUCCUAGCAUUUUUAACUUUUUAGGCUGGGGGGAGAUGCGCGACCGAUAUCUUGGUCGCAUUUGCAAAGGCCAUUCACAUGAGAGAGGAGGGGGGAGAGAGGAGAGAGUCCGAGAGCCUCCUAUUAACAAUAGUAGCAUGGAACUCCUCAUUUCCUUCUUCUCCAUCCUCAUCUUUUUCCUCCGUCUCCUCACACCUUCCCAAUCCCAGACGGACUCGUAUUACUAUGAUAAGUGUGCCCCCUCCAAGUGUGGUACCGUUACCGUGGCAUUUCCCUUCUCCUCGUCUGAGACUUUUUGUGCCCCCCCUGGCUUCGAGAUCAGUUGCUCCUCCUCCAUCCCCACCCUCACGCUCUCUGAUGUCCCUUACCAAGUGAAUCAAAUCUUCCGCACUGAAGCCGUGAUCGUAGUCUCUGACACCCAGCUCACCAAGAACCUCCAGUCCAACACCUGCGAUGGCCUCCAGAGCCACUUCCUCCCAGCAGCCAAGUUUACUCCUUUCCAACUCCCAUCGUGGGGCAUCAACCUUAACUUCUCCUUGUGCAGCCGUCAUGGUGAACUUCCUUCAAAUUUCACACAAGUUGCUGUGAAUUGUAGUGGGGGCUGUGCUGGGAAUGAAAGUCUCUAUGCAUUCCCUCCAUCUAACGGCAGGUAUGAUGGGGAUUCUGCGCUUCCAACACCCUGUGUUCAUGCUGCACUCCCAGUGCAGCUGGCAAGCCUUCUGAAGAGGGGCAAUAAUCUCGCAGAUAGGGAUGAUGUUUUUAGUGUGUUGAAUGAAGGGUUCCCGCUGCAGUGGGACAACUUCACAUAUUGCUGGGAAUGUGAGGAGAAGGGUGGCCGGUGUGGGUAUAACCGGAGCACUAAAAAUACAACAUGCUUUUGCAAGAAUGAAUGCAGUCAAGGAGGACAUUUGGGCACUGGCAGGUCCAAAGCAUGGAAGAUCAUUGUAGCGGUGGUGGUCCCAACUACAUUCGUUUUGCUAGCAGGACUGGUCGCAUUUAUCAAGUUCAGAUCAAGUGCCUUGUCCAUCUUUAACGACCUCUCCAUUAGAAGCAUGAGCCGAAGUGGCAAUGUCGAUGUUGAAGAGUUCAUGAAGAGCUACCGAUCAAUGCUGCCCUCUGAAUUUUCCUACACCGCUGUGAAGAAAAUUACAGAUGGCUUCAAAGAAAAGUUGGGUGAAGGCGGCUAUGGAAAUGUAUACAAAGGGAAAUUACCAAACGGUCAACUAGUUGCAGCUAAAAUUCUUGAGAAGUCCAAGAAUAAUGGUCGUGAUUUUGUUAAUGAAGUUGCUACCAUUGGUAGGAUUCACCAUGUCAACAUCAUACGGCUUUUGGGAUUUUGCUGUGAUGGCUCACAUCGAGCUCUAAUCUAUGAGUUCAUGCCAAAAGGAUCACUUGGAGAUCUUAUAUCAAAGGAAGAGAUAACACAUACUAUUGGAGUUCCACGACUGCUAAAAAUUGCUAUAGGGAUUGCUCGGGGUAUUGAGUAUCUUCACCAGGGAUGUGAGAAAAGAAUCUUGCACCUAGAUAUCAAACCUCACAAUGUUUUGCUUGACGAUAAUUUCCAUCCCAAGAUCUCAGACUUCGGAUUAGCGAAGUCCUACUCACAUAAAGACAGCACUGUAACUUUGACGGGUGGUGCUCGGGGGACCGUUGGCUAUAUAGCUCCUGAAGUGUUCAUGAGAAACCUUGGAGGUGUUUCACGCAAGUCUGACGUCUAUAGCUACGGGAUGCUACUGUUGGAGAUGGUAAUGAGGAAGAAGAAUGAGACAGUACCGGAGACAGAACACUCUAGCAAAGAGUACUUUCCCGACCGGAUAUAUGAUCAAUUAAAGCAGUGGUCAGACGUGGAGAGGGAAGAUGUGGUAAUAGAAGAAGAUACCAGUAUUUCGAAAAAGAUGGUCAUGGUAGGCUUGUGGUGCAUACAAACAAAUCCUGUCAAUCGUCCUUUCAUAAGUACAGUACUGGAAAUGCUAACAGGGGAGGUAGAACGCAUUCAAAUGCCUCCAAAACCUGUCUUGUUUUCUCUACCAAGGCAACAAUUGGAGUGUAAUAUAUCUUAUACAGAUACAGGCGAAGAAGGUUCACUUCAUACUCCCGAGACGGAGUAGUAUUUGUAACUCUCCAAUCUGUAUAAGAUGAUCCAAGAAAAAGGUUUAGAAGUCAUGAAGAGCAGGUAAGGGUGUCCUCUUUUACCGGAGUACCACCUGUUACCAAUUAUGCAGAGGAAAGAUUAAUCAAAAAGACCAUGGAAACACUUUUAAAUAGGGAAUUCCUCUGGAGUGGCUUUGUGAUGAUCGGUAGAAGAAGAGGCUCAGAGAGAGAGAGAACAAAGCAUGCAGCUGCCUACAUGAAUGAAGAAUGAUUGCUAGGUUGAAGCGACAUGGAGCCUGUUUACCACCAAAUUUGCGUCUUUGCAGGUAAGCUCAAAAGUUUGUCAUUAUGCAAAAGAAUACUUGCCAUGGCUAUCCAUUCAAUUCAAGUCGCCAAGUUAUGAGAUGGCAUAACCAGACUUGAGCUCUAGACCUCGCAAAAUACUGUGUUUACCUUGCGAUUUCUUCUUUCACAAAUCACUCACAAGAAAGAUAUGUGAGUUUGAAUAGGGGAUUAUUUCUGAAUAUGAUCAAGAAACGUUCUGGUGUAUGGUCUCCAGUAGCAUGUGCUAUCUUAUUUAGGCUGGUUGGUUGACCGCAUGAUUGCUUGUUUGCUACCCGUCAAGUUCUAAUAAUUAAAAUAACUAAAAUAUUGUUCAA